AUGGUGGGUUUGCGUGAACUGCAGAGGACAGCGGUCUUUGCCUGGUCGCCAGGGGCCGCUGCACCUUUACUCGUGACUGGCACACGCACUGGUGCCGUGAGCGAUGACUUCUCAAGCGAGACGAAAGUAGAGCUUUGGGAUCUUGGUUUGGAUAAAGCGACACCAGAUGUCGAAUUGAAGCCAGUUGGCAGUAUCACCACGGACUCGGGCUUCAACGAUAUCUCCUGGAGCCAGCCAAGCGAUGAUCAUCCCUUUGGUAUAAUAGCAGGCGCACUUGACAAUGGCUCGGUGGACCUGUGGGACGCAGAGAAGUUGCGACAGGGCAGUCAAGACGCACAUAUCUCUCGGACAACGAAACACAGCGGGGCAGUAAGGGCGCUACAAUGGAACCCCUUCCGACACAGCAUGCUCGCAUCUGUCGGCGCCAAGGGCGAGAUCUACUUGUAUGACAUGAGCAACGUCAGCAGUCCCUCGAGCUUCCGGCUAGGAGCUUCGGCUGCGCGUGCCGACGACAUCGAAUGCUUAGACUGGAACAAGCAAGAGAAGACACAGCAUAUUCUGGCCACCGGCAGUACUGGAGGCUUCGUGACGGUGUGGGAUGUGAAGCAGAAGCGUGAUGUCUUGACCCUGAACAACCAGAGUAGAAAGGCGGUGAGUGCUGUGGCUUGGGAUCCGGAGGAGAGCACGAAGUUGGCGACGGCUACACCCAACGAUCAAGAGCCGUUGAUCUUGCUGUGGAGCCUGAGAAACAGCAGCGCACCCGAGCGGACACUGAAGGGUCACGAGCUCGGAGUACUCGGGUUAUCGUGGUGCCAGCAAGAUCCUGAUUUGCUCUUGUCCUGUGGCAAGGAUAAUCAAACUAUUUGUUGGAAUCCACGGACGGGCGAGAAAUAUGGUGGCUUUGCAGCAGGCUCGAAUUGGGCUUUCCAGACGAAGUGGAAUCCACACAACCCAAGCCUCAUCGCAAGUGCUUCAUUCGAUGGCAAGAUCCUGAUCACUUCCACACAAGCGACGAACUCCAAGGCAGAAGAACAGACGACGGCACAAGCACUCGAUGGAGAGGAUUUCUUUGCGAAAGCACAGGCACAACCGCAGGGCAUUUCUUUCACGAUCUCGAAAGCGCCCAAAUGGCUUGCUCGACCCUCAAAUGUGUCUUUUGGUUUCGGUGGCAAGCUUGUGCGGGUCAGCACAGACGCUUCCAAGAGAAGCAAAGUCAGCGUGGGAACAUUCGCAGUAGAGACAGCGAUUGGUGAGUCCGCUACACAAUUCGAGGAGAAGCUGAAGAGGGGCGACCUGGCAAGCAUGUGCGAGACUAAGAUCCAAGACGCCAAGACAGACGAGGACAAGGCAGACUGGCAAGUCAUCGAGACGCUCAACGCGGGGAAGUCACGGAAAAAGCUGCGAGAGUACAUGGGCUUCCCAGAUGAUGUUGAUGACCUUGCGGCUCAAACCGAGAAGCUUGGCAUUAAUGGUGAUGCGGGCAAGGCAGAGACAAACGGCGAUAAGGACGACUUCUUCGGUAACGCUGGCGAUGACGAUAGCUUCCUUGCCAAUCUGGCAUCCACAAAGGGUGCUAAGACGAACAACCCUUUCAGCAUUUGCACAAGCUCCGAGCCAGAGGCGGACAAGAGCAUUACACGAGCACUAAUGCUUGGUCAAUUCGAGAAGGCUUUGGGAAUCUGCUUAAAGGAGGAUCGAAUAGCCGACGCUUUUAUGAUCGCAGUGUGCGGAGGUCAGAAGUGCAUUGACAAGGCACAGAAUGCAUAUCUAAAGAAGAAAGCCAAGGGCCCGAAUUAUCUGCGCUUGCUUGCUAGCAUUGUCGGCAAGAAUUUGUGGGAUGUCGUGCACAACGCUGAGUUAGCGGACUGGAAGGAAGUCAUGGCUACCCUGUGUACGUACGCUGAUGAGACCGAGUUUGCCGAUUUGUGUGAGGCAUUGGGUGACCGGCUCGAGGAGGCUUUCCAAGAAGGUGGCGACUCGAAGGCCUUGCGCAGGGAUGCUUCUUUCUGCUAUUUGGCGGGAACUAAGCUGGAGAAGGUCGUCAACAACUGGGUGCAGGAGCUGCAGGAGCAGGAAAAGUCUGCUCUGGAGGCUUCGGAAGGCGACAAUACUUUCACCGUACAUGCCAAGUGCCUGCAAGGCUUUAUCGAGAAGGUGUCUGUGUUCCGAAAAGUGACAAACUUCAAGGACGCGGAAUUGCAAGCUACUGAAGAGUGGAAGCUUGCGCCGCUGUACCAGCUGUAUGCUGAGUAUGCUGACAUUCUAGCCGCUCAUGGACAGCUCGCGAGCGCUGAACAGUAUCUCACAAUGCUGCCAGCCAAGUUUGGUGGAGCAGAUGCGUCGCAGCAGCGAGUACGGCAGGCCACGAAGAAGACCGCGACUGCUUCGGCACAGCGACAAGCUCCAGCAAGUGCAGCUGUAAAAGCGCCGUCUGUUGUUCACCCGGCACGCCCAGCGGCAUUUGCACCAGGACAGCCUUUGGUGAAUCAAGCUCGUAAUGCCGCGCCUUCUCCGUACGCUCCUGCGGGAGUAGGAGCACCAGCACCAGCAGUACAAAGUGGCUACGCGCCAGCAGGGAACACUUACACUCCUGCUGGAUAUCAGCCUCCUCAGCAACAAGCACAGUACGGGCAGCCUCAACCAGCAUACGGAGGCUACCAACCACCACCCCAGCAAGCUUCACUACCACCUCCGCCGCGCAUGAGCACAGCAUCUCCUUCCGUACCUCCGCCCUCGCAAGCAAAGUCUGGAGAUUGGAACGAUAUGCCCGCCAACUUCUUCAAGGAUCGACAGCCUAACUCGAGGAGAGGCACACCGGCACCACAAACUGUUGCAUCGCCUUUCCCAAAUGCGCCGGCUCCUGUACUAUCGCCACCGCCAUUUGCUGGACCUCCAUCGGUGGGUCAAAGACAGCCUUCCCUGCCUCCUCCACCCAAGGCCGGCGAGGCGCCGCCACGAGUGAUGUCACCGCCCACUGCACCUCCACCCUUGGGAAGAGCACCAUCGUCUGUUGCUAGCACAUACGCACCUCAGCAGUCCAGUUACCCACCUGCAGGAUCUACACUGCCAGCUCCGUCUGUGCCACCCACGACUCGAGGUGCUUCUCCAUAUCAGCCUCCUCCUUCAACAUCGAGUGCCGCUCCUUCCAACCGCUAUGCCCCGGCUCCAGGCUCUCAGCCUUCGCCUGGACCAGGUGGCAUGCCACAACAGCGUCAAGUAGCGCCCAACCCAUAUGCUGCCCAGCAAGCCCCUAGCCCAUACGCGCCGCAGUCGCAAUCUCAGACACCAUAUGGACAGCCGCCACAAGCCCAAGCUCCGCAACAGAGACAAGCGCCGCCGCCGUCUGCACCUCCUCCAAGGGGUGGCCCACCACAACGCAAUGCCACACCCUCAGGCCCUCCAGCCCAGCCCUCCCCUCAAGCAUCAACUGGUCUCAACUCAAACCCAGUCGAGCAUGCACCACCCGCUCAACCAACACCGUUCCAGACACCCAAACCAAAACACCCCAAAGGCGACCGCACCCACAUCUCCGCGUCGGCACGACCCAUCUACGACAUCCUCACCCCGGAAGUCGCUCGUAUCAAAUCCGUUGCUCCACAGGCUUUCAAACCGCAGGUGGAUGAUAUGGAUAAACGGAUCAAUAUCCUGUUCGACCAUCUGAAUAAUGAGGAUCUACUGACUCAGGGGACGGUGGAAAAGAUGGUGGGCAUCUGUGAGAAGGCGGGCAGUGGGGAGUGGGAGGAAGCGGGUGGAUUGCUUGCGAGUUUGCAGCAGGGGUUAGGUGAGGGAGAGGGCGGGGUGUGGGUGGUUGGCGUGAAGCGUCUGAUCAACAUUGGGAAAGCGACGAGCAAGUAG